AUGUUUCUAAAACAUAUCGACCUCACGACCGCUCUCCGGCCUUCUUACCUACCGGAUGAAGUCUUGUUGUUCGUUCAGGACAAUGUUGGGCUUUAUGAAGGAAAGUUCAAGCUACCCCAACAGCAAAACGGUCAGGUCUACCUGACGUCCCACCGAAUUUGCUACGUCGACAAGGACGAGCCGCGCAAGCACUCUGUAGCCCUAGACCUGAUAGACAUUGAUCGCUAUGAGUUCUACGCGGGGUUCCUGAAAUCUUCUGCGAAGAUCACCCUGAUUCCCAAGCCAAUAAAACGCUCGUCGCUUCAGACUAGAGCGUCCGCGAUAUCUACUCCUGGCAGACCUGGCGCCGCGUUCCCUGCCCGAGCCGAUGGUCCCUAUCGACCGCCGCCCGAACCAGCGAGCGCGGCGACCUGGGUCUGUACCAUCUGCAGCUUCUCCAACCCGGUCCCGUCAAACUUCGAUCCCACAACGGCAAACAUCCACACCCCGCUGCCGCCAUGUCUUGCUUGCGGCAUCAAGCCGACGUUGGCGCAUGUCUUGAAGGCUUCCAUAUCAAAUGCGACCAGCCGCGCCCCGGCAACCCCUUCGAGCCCAACAGUCAGCUCGCCCCUCGCGAUGCGCCCUCGGUCUAUCUCCAACAGGCCCGAUGACACAAGGUCUCUGCCUCCGUGGCCAGCUGCCUCCAACAUCAACGGUGGCGCCCCACCGAAGCCAUCAGACCCAAGCGCGACCUUCCAGUGCCCUCGAUGCACGUUUUCGAAUCAUCCGUCCCUACUGUCGUGUGAGAUGUGCGGGGCACCACUGAUAUCACAAGACCUGCCCCAGGCAGUUGUCACCAAGGCGCAGACGCAAAGAACAGAGUCUCCAGGCCCAGUUCUCACCACAUCUUCACCAGGCCAGGAUACAGCCGAGAACAUCAAGAUCUCUUUCCGCGGCGGCGGAGAAAAGAUAUUCUACGAGCGGUUAAAAGGUGCGUUGACGCAGCGCAAGUGGCUGCUCCAAGGGGCACCGCCCGUACCCAAGAGCAGCCGCACCAUAGACGAUAACGGCGCCCUAGUGAGAGCACCCGCAGCCGCCCCCGAGCGUCCCAAGGGCGUCGGCAUCGCCGGGCUGGAGCAGCGCGGGCUCGACAUGCGCAAGAAUAACGAGGUUAUGAUUGGCAGCGCUUUCGAGGACCUGGACGCGCUGAUGGCCUCCGCCAAAGAGAUUGUGGCUCUCGCGGAGAGGUUUGCGAGGCAGAACGGGGGCACAGGUGCCGAGGCCAAUGCUUUGCUGGCCGAAUCGGCCAGUCAGCUCGGUCUCGUCACUACAAAGGACAUUGUAGGCGGGAGCAGUUCCGAGACGUUGUACCUGUCCGAGCUGUCCAGGAACCUAGCAGAGUUCCUCACAGACGAUGCCCGAGGCGUCCUGAAGAAGGCUGGCGGGAUCAUCAACUUGGUCGACCUAUGGGCCAUGUUCAACCGUGCCCGGGGCGGAGUCGAGCUCGUGAGCCCCAUGGAUUUCGAAAAGGCUUCUCAAAUGUGGGAGUCACUCAAACUGCCUGUCCGGUUGCGAAAGUUCAAGAGUGGAGUCCUGGUCGUACAGAGUAGCGACCGCACCGACGAAACCACCAUCAAGGCACUGAUGUCCUGGCUGGACGAUUUGCACGAGUUUCCGCCCGAGAAGGAGCUGGCGUGGAAUUGGCGACAAUUCGGCCGCGGCGUGACGGCGCGGGAUGCUGCGGAGCGGUUCGGCUGGAGCAUCGGCGUGGCGGAGGAAGAGCUGGAGAUGGCCGAGGAGAAGGGGGUGCUCUGUCGCGAGGACGGGAUCGAGGGGCUCAAGUUUUGGAAGAAUUACAUUGACGUCGGCGAUGUGAAACACCGCAGGCGCAGGAGGCAUCGCGAAGAGGACGAGGUGAUUAAGGCGCUCAGAGAGAGCGGGCUGAUGUGA